AUGAGCUACCCACACGGGAUGGGGGUCCGAACAUCUUCGACCACGGCUGUGCCUGCCGACGAUCACGUUCGCGGCUUAAAUGACCGAGUGAACUACCUGGACCAGCGUACUAUGCAACUCGACCGGUUCGGCGCAAGCUCCGAGGGAUCUCAGUACGACGCGGUCAACCACCUCUCGGCGUCCAAUAUUUUGAACCUUGCAGAACACGAGCGGCGUUUUCUCAAACGCAAGGAGAUGCAUGCCCUGGAGCAGACUUCAAUGGUGAGCUGGAUUCUCAUUCCACCGACCCAAUUUUUGGGUUGCUGACCCAGGACUAUCUACGGCGUGUCAGUCGAACAUGCCCCCCCCCCCCUACGACUGGUCUGUCCGGUCUGACUGGGACCUUGAUGGCUCCUUCGUUCUCUCAAGAGAAGCACGUGUCCCGAGACCCAGUCCAUGCCGCAGCACCAGAUGGCUCAGAUUUGGCAGACGUGCUCGCCAAAGCGAUGCGAAUGCGUGCGGAACUACGUGCUGCUCCACCGGUCCUCCAGUAUAACCCCGCCCGGGAGCCUUCAGCUUCCGCAAAGCCGAUUGUGCAGCGUGAUGGAGUCAAGUACGCACUCAUGAUGAGUCCGGCUACCAAUGGCGACGGCACGAGCAGGCUCUCAAAGGCGCGCCAGGCCGAAGUACCGGCAACGUGUCAAACUUGCGACAAAUCGAUCGCGAACUUGAUGCUGCGCGGGAAGGAUGUCGAAUUUGCCCCUCAGGUCGAGUUCAAAUGUCUCGCCUGCCUUUUGAGCAAAGUGGACGAGCCUCUUGCGGAAACAUUCAUUUCGGUCAAUAGCCAGAGUACGACACCCAGCGGAACACCACCGGCACAAACGACAGUUGGGAAAUCCACGCCGGUGGAAGCAAAGAUCACAUAUGCCGAUACGAUGAGCGCCGAGAUCGAUCGCAUGGAAGGACGCGAGGUCGCUACCGUAGUGAUCGAGCCGCCGGUCGAGGUGGGCCGAAACCUUCCGCCCCACAUCAAGAAGCAAGCGUUCACGUGCGACAUCUGUGAUCGAAUCAUCGGGGCGGGACAGAUCACGUCAGCGACGUUGCAGACCCUGCCAAGCUUCACGGUGGAGGUUCUUUGUCUGAACUGCAUCGCCAAAUACAAGCCUUGCUCCGAUUGCGGCGGUGGCGGUGGGCGCUUAACACCCGGACGAUGGAGGUGCAAGGAGUUGUUCCCCGCGGGCCGUCGCACGUGCCAGCUGUCGCAUGCGCGCAACCCACCCCUGUCGGAUAUGGAGUUUGAGACUCUUUCGAUCGUGGACAUUCAUCCGGACAAGCUGGAUCAGCUCGAGGCGCGAUGUCGUCUGGUGUACUUUGAUACGAGGCUACGUUCGACCGCUCGACCGGAAGUAUUGGAAACAGGAGAUAGCUUAGCGUGAGUUGACAGACUGCGUGACCCACGGCAAUGCUGAUUUGGCUAUUUGCAUCGGUGUUGCUCACCAGGCUUACGUUUCGGGAGGCCGAGAACCAAUGCAUCGACCAAUGGAAUCUGCUGUCUUCGCUGCUACGCGAGGACAUUGAGGAGUCAAGACUUAUCCGCCGCUAUGUCGCCUUGCAUUCGGCCACACCCCAUCGACGCCGGGCCAAGUCCAAGGUCAAGACGCGGGAUGAUGGCACGGACGUCAGUCCUUCGUCCGCAUCGCAGCCCGACGAGGAGGAUUCACCAGCCCGGGACAAGGAGGUGACGGGGUUCACGCUCAUCGAGCACGACCUUGUAAAGGGCGUUCUCUUCUACGCGGUCAUCAUGCCCUGGGCCGUGUCUGGUGAGGCCUUCGAGGCGACGUCAAUCCUGGUCGGUAAAUCGACGCGCAAAAUUCAAGGGGAUCUCGAGUACCUCAACGCUCUGCGACGACGACAUGGUCUCGCCGAAUACCCCAAACUCGCGGUGGAUCGCCGAUCCUGCGCUACUUGCCUCAGAACCUGACGACCGUGCUCAACUGCAUGGCCGAUGCGUUCACCUUGUUGCCCAACUCGCACGGCUUGACCCCUACGACGGCGGCCAAGAUCGAGGCGUGCCGCGGUCGCGCGGAGAGGGAACUCGAGGCGUUGAAGGUCGAGUUGGGCGAGUUGAGAGGCGGGGUCAAGGGUGUCGAUGAUAAGCGCGUGCACACUCGUGGAUCCGUUGGCUGCGACGGCAUCGGCUGA